GGGCACGAGGCGCUCCCUGGAAUCACAUGGUACCUGCUCCAGUGCCGCGUGCGGCCCGGGAACCCUGGGCUGCUGGCGCCUGCGCAGAGUCCUCUGUCCCAGGGAAAGGCUCGGGCAAAAGGCGGUUGAGAUUGGCAGAGUGAAAUAUUACUGCUGAGGGAACGUAGCAGGGCACACGUCUCUCUGUGUGUCUGGGUGCCUCGUUUCUCCACCACCUACUUACUUCCUGGUUGCAGCUUCUCUCCUUUUGGGACUUUUGCACCCGAAGCUCCAGAUUUGCUACCCUGCAGUGUUGCGGAACCUUCAGGAGUGGCAUCGGUGCACUGCAGAGACCCUACCCUCCUUGCUACCUUACAGCCAGAUCUGCUGCAGGCUGAUUCCUUACACACAUUCUCUCUGCUCUUCCCAUGCAAAUCAGACCUCGGUUGCCUCAGCGUCCUACCCUUCUGCAGGGCUGCAGCCCGGCCACCCCAAAACCUUAUUGCUUGGUGCCUGGAAUCCUGAUUUUCAGCCGCGGGGUCCACUUGUCUCCCUCAGCCAUUGCCCAGGGGGCGAGAGAGACCACUGCAACCUCCAGUUUGUGUCAAGGUCCAGUUUGAAUGACCGCUCUCAGCCGGUGAAGACAUGACGACUCUGGACUCCAACAACAACACAGGUGGCGUUAUCACCUACAUUGGCUCUAGUGGCUCCUCUCCCAGCCGGACCAGCCCGGAGUCCCUCUAUAGUGACAGCUCCAAUGGCAGCUUCCAGUCCCUGACUCAAGGUUGUCCGGCAUACUUCCCACCGUCUCCCACCGGCUCCCUCACCCAGGACCCUGCCCGCUCUUUUGGAAGUGUACCACCCAGCCUCAGUGAUGAUAGCUCCCCUUCUUCAGCAUCAUCGUCAUCCUCCUCCUCCUCCUCCUCCUCCUCCUCCUCCUCCUGGAAAGCCUCCAUAUCUCAGGUCACUCAGGCCUCUCUGCUUACCCUCUGCCUGUCUCCUCCCACAGAGCUGAAUGGCAUGGUGCUACUGUGUAAAGUGUGUGGGGACGUGGCCUCAGGCUUCCACUAUGGCGUGCAUGCCUGUGAGGGCUGCAAGGGCUUUUUCCGUCGGAGCAUCCAACAGAAUAUCCAGUACAAACGGUGUCUGAAAAAUGAGAAUUGCUCCAUUGUUCGUAUCAAUCGCAACCGAUGCCAGCAGUGUCGCUUCAAGAAGUGUCUCUCCGUUGGCAUGUCUAGAGAUGCUGUGCGUUUUGGGCGCAUCCCCAAGAGAGAGAAGCAACGGAUGCUCGCUGAGAUGCAGAGCGCCAUGAACUUGGCCAACAACCAACUGAGCAGCCUGUGUCCUCUAGAGACCUCACCUACCCCACAUCCCACCUCGGGUUCCAUAGGCCCCUCGACCCCUCCUGCGCCAGCCCCCACUCCUUUGGUGGGCUUCUCUCAGUUCCCACAACAGCUGACACCACCCAGAUCCCCCAGCCCUGAGCCCACUGUGGAGGAUGUCAUAUCCCAGGUGGCUCGGGCCCAUCGAGAAAUCUUCACCUAUGCCCAUGACAAGUUAGGCACCUCACCUGGCAACUUCAAUGCCAAUCACGCAUCAGGUAGCCCUUCAGCUACUACCCCACACCGCUGGGAAAGUCAGGGAUGCCCGCCUGCCCCCAACGACAACAAUAUUUUGGCGGCUCAGCGUCAUAAUGAAACACUGAAUGGUCUAUGCCAGGGCCCCUCCUCCUACCCUCCUACCUGGCCCUCUGGCUCUGCCCAUCACAGCUGCCACCAACCCAACAGCAAUGGGCAUCGUCUGUGCCCCACCCACGUAUACUCGGCCUCAGAAGGCGAGGCGCCUGCGAACGGUCUACGGCAAGGCAACACCAAGAAUGUUCUGCUGGCAUGUCCCAUGAACAUGUAUCCCCAUGGACGCAGUGGCCGGACUGUGCAGGAGAUCUGGGAAGACUUCUCAAUGAGCUUCACACCUGCUGUGCGUGAGGUGGUAGAGUUUGCCAAGCACAUCCCCGGCUUCCGUGACCUUUCUCAGCAUGACCAGGUGACCCUGUUGAAGGCUGGCACCUUUGAGGUGUUGAUGGUGCGUUUUGCAUCAUUGUUCAAUGUGAAGGACCAGACAGUGAUGUUCCUGAGCCGCACAACCUACAGUCUGCAGGAGCUCGGUGCCAUGGGCAUGGGCGACCUGCUCAAUGCCAUGUUUGACUUCAGCGAGAAGCUCAACUCCCUGGCGCUUACCGAGGAGGAGCUGGGCCUUUUCACCGCUGUGGUGCUUGUCUCUGCAGGUAGGCCAAGCUCUCGCCUGACCCUGGAGGAGGCACACGCAGUUCAAUUUAACAUACCUUUUAUGGAGUACCUACUCUAUGCCAGGCCCUGCACUGGGCACUGGGGUACAGACAUGAUUCAGACACAGUCUAGCUUGGGAAACAGACUCAUGCCCGACUAA